UGUGACACUUUAGGUUUCGCUUUCUUUUCCUCAAAGCGCUUUCUUGUCCUCUUCCAUCCCGAUCUGUCCUGAAGCUGUUGUGUUGUUCGCCACGUCUACAUGCAGAAGUCAUGAUGCAGAAACAAAGUGGAGAGAAAAACAGCUUUGGCAACCUUACUUUGUUUGGUGCCCAACCUGCUACCAGCACGGCAGUGGACACCAAAGAUGUUCUCACCACAACUACAGCUGCAAUCAGCUCAAUCAACUCAACAGACAAAACAAACCAACUUGUUUAUACAUUCCCAGUUAAGAAGAAGCACAACUCUGAACUGAAAUACAAAGAUUGGAGAGAUGCCUCCAGCAGCUUUACACUUAAAACUGAAGACCAAUCUGGUGUUGCCACAGUAUCGAGUGCCAAAGAUGUUCUUAGCACAUUCAGCUCAGCAGAGCAAACGGUGGACAGGUGUUUUACUUUCACAGCAGGUCAACCCAAGCUGGAAUCUCAGUGGAGAUGUGUGGAGUGGACAGAAGAGCAGAGGACGAGCCUGAUGAAGACUGUCAGCUCCUACAGACCGAGCUGUGAGGAGGUGACUCAGGCCAGGGUUCUCCUCCUGGGGCCGGUCAGCUCUGGAAAGUCCAGCUUCAUCAGUUCUGUCCAGUCUGUGUUUAAUGGAAGAGUCACCAACCGGGCGAUGGUGGGCUCCUCCUCAACCGGCUUCACCAAGAAGCUGCAGUCCUUCAACAUCCGUGGUCAGAAGGGAGAAGAACCCACCAGACUGGUGCUGUGUGACACUAUGGGCCUGGGGGAUGGAGAAAUGACUGGGCUGACCAUCUAUGACAUCCUGUCCAUCAUUAAAGGUCAUGUACCUGAGGAACACAAGUUCAGCCCAGUUCAGCCAGUGCAAUCAGAGACUUUUGGCUAUGUGAAGAAGCCAAGCCUUAGAGACAAGAUCCAUUGUGUGGCCUUUGUGGUGGAUGCCUCUAAAAUCCUGACCUACCCGAAAGGUCUCGCCAGCACCUUCCAACAACUCAGAGAGCACAUUAGUGACCUGGGUGUUCACCAGGUUGCUCUGCUGACCCACAUAGACCGAAUUUGUCCAGAAACGAACAAAGAUGCCAGCCAGGUUUACAAGAGCCGCAUAAUUAAGGAGAUGAUGGGUAAAGCUGGAGCUCUGUUGGGUAUGUCCACCUCCUACAUCGUCCCUGUGAAGAAUUACUCCUCAGAGCUGGACCUGGACGUGAACACCGAUGUGCUACUUCUUAGUGCUGUGGACCACAUCCUGCAGUAUGCUGAUCUGUAUUUCCAGGACAAUACAGCACAAUAUACAAAGUCAAAGAUGGAAGAAAACUUUCGCUUCCAAGCCUUUGGAAAGUAAAAUUCAUACAACAUUAAGAUAGUUGUCUAUAGUUUUAAUGUUGUCCAAGCAUUAAUUUAUGCUUCAGCGUUUAAAAGCAACUUCAGUUAACUCAUUUUAAAGCCCUUGUGUGUAGAAUUUGAAAAUGUCUGACUUCAGUGAAUCCUAGUGGGCAUAUCAAAGCUAUAAUCAGAUAAAUAUUCUACACAUUGGGCAUUUAAACGGCCUUAUAAAAUAUUACUUUCUUAUAACGCUUUUUUGUUGUGUUGUUUUGUUUUCAGAAUUCAGAAUAAAAUCAGGAGUUUGUGGUA